UAUUCACUUACACCAACAAUUUACAGGCCGGCUCCGUCAUACACGGACACGGGAACAGGCCCAGUCGCACAUCGCCGCUGAAGUUUGCCCGUCGAGCAUUCACUGUUGAUCGGUAAGUCGGUGACUUAGUGUGGCGAGAAUAGCUUCGUACUAGCAUCAGUCUACGUUAAACUAUAAAGAAAACAUCCAGAAUGUUGGUGUCGGCCUGCUCUCGUUUCGCCCCAAUUGCCAGGAGCGCCAUGCUCAAUGGAACAAAAGCCUACUUGCGACCACUGAGUAGCGCAGUCAUCAGCCAAAGUCAAUUUUUGGCCAACCAAAAUACAAAACCCGUCAGCAUACUGCCACAAAUCCGGUCAUUCCAGACCUCACCAGUCACACGGGACAUUGAUUCAGCAGCCAAAUUCAUCGGUGCUGGUGCCGCCACAGUAGGAGUCGCUGGUUCUGGUGCUGGUAUCGGAACAGUAUUCGGUUCCCUUAUCAUCGGCUACGCAAGGAAUCCAUCUCUUAAGCAACAGUUGUUCUCAUACGCCAUCUUGGGUUUCGCCUUGUCUGAGGCUAUGGGUCUUUUCUGUCUUAUGAUGGCCUUCUUGCUGCUCUUCGCUUUCUAAAAAGUGUUCAUCAAUAUACUUUUUAAAAACAACAUCAGAAUUAAUUACUAUUUACCAUCUUUAAGUAAGAAAAGAAACCAGGAGAAACAACAGAAUAAACGAAAAACUUAAAAAAACUGAUAAACUUCUCUCAAUUCGAAAACAUUUAAAAGUAAUGUGUGUGUGAAGAAAAAUAGGAUGAGAUCAGAAAUGCGAGGGGGAACAUCCAUGGAAGAAUUAUGGCACUUUCCAAUAUUUGCGAUGACGUAAUUUUUUCCUUAUCAUUUAACUCAGAACUUUUCUUUCGUUGAAGGAUCUGUUGUGCAUUAUUAAUAAAUAGAAACAGAACGGAGAUUUCAUCGUCGUUAUAUGUGAUAACAUAGAACACUUAAUUAUUCGUUUCCUUUGUAAAAUUUGAUUUUUUUUUAUUUUGCAAAGUGUUUAAUUUGAAAGUUAGUAGGACCUAUCAUAUGAAAGUAAGAGUAAAACUGCUACUGAUGCUAGUUGAAGUAAUGUAAUUGCGAAAUAUGUCAUAUGUCGAAUAGAACAAAGUAAGGACAUUCAAUAAAAAUGGUGAAAAUCGAUUCGAACGAUCAA